GUCCAGCUGCGCGAUGGCAUGCAGACGGCCGCUGCACUUUGUCUUCAAAGUAGGAGACCGCUGGAAAACAGCCCAGUUUUAUAGGGAUGUCCUCGGCUGGAAGGUUUUGCGUCACGAGGAAUUUGAAGAGGGCUGCAAAGCAACCUGCAAUGGACCGUAUGAUGGGAAAUGGAGUAAAACGAUGGUGGGUUUUGGACCAGAGCAUGACCAUUUUGCAGCGGAACUGACGUAUAAUUACGGAGUGGGAGAAUACAGACUCGGCAAUGACUUUUUGGGCCUGACCUUGCAGUCCAGCCAGGCUGUAGGCAGGGCCAGGAGGCUGGGCUGGCCUCUUACUGAGGUUUCAGAGUCUCUGUAUGUAACGGAAGCUCCUGGAGGAUAUCGCUUCUACCUGCUCGACCGAGAACAGCCAGACUGUGACCCGGUCCAGAAGGUAUCCUUGGCUGUGUCUGACCUGCAGCGUUCUGUCCAUUACUGGUCCACCCUGUUGGGGAUGAACGUUAUGGAGAUGAAUGAGGAGAAGAGAUGUGUGCUGAUGGGAUUUUGCAAGAGCCAGUGUAAGCUGGAGCUUCAGGACAUUGGUGCGCCUGUAGACCAUGGAACCGCGUUUGGCAGGAUUGCGUUCUCUUGCCCACGAGAGCAGUUGCCUGAUAUUGAGGCCCUAAUGAGAAAAGAGAAGCAAAAGAUCCUCUCCCCACUCGUCAGCUUGGACACUCCUGGCAAGGCCACCGUGGAAGUGGUCAUUCUGGCUGACCCAGACGGCCAUGAGAUCUGCUUUGUAGGUGAUGAGGCGUUUCGCCAGCUGUCUACCUUGGACCCCAAUGGAAAUGAACUGCUUGAUAAGGCCAUGGUUGCGGAUAAGAGUGACGAAUGGUUUGCCAAACACAACAAGCAGAAGGCGUCAGCAUAAUGUUUUUCAGAAAUUGCAACCUUAACAGAUUCUACACAAACUUUUACACAGUUUGUAAUGGGAAAAUUGCUGCAAUAUUUACUUUCUGUUGCAAUGUUUAAAAACUCUUUCUUCUCUCUAUUUUGAUUAAACUCUUAUUUUGAUUGUGUAUACAACUGCAUUAAAAUAUGUAAGAAUCCCCUCAGCAGUCCCAUA